GGGCUGGGCUGGGCGGGGCGAGGCUGGCGGCCGGCUAGCAGGCGGGCGCGAGGGCGGGGAGCGGCGCGGAAGCCCGGCCACAUAAAGGAGCGGGCGGUGCGACGGGGGCGGCUCUUUCCUGGGUGGGGUUUGUGAAGUCGUGGCCCGUUAGCAGGAAGCGGAGCAGUCGCCCCGACGCUAACGAGAGACCCAAUCCGAGCCCCCAGUACCCGGAUUCCGAGCCGUGUGUACUGCGUGCUCAGCGCCGUCCGACAGCUCCCAGCCAAACUUCGCCAACUCCGUUGCCUUUGCCGCCACCAUGCCCAAGACGAUCAAUGUGCGUGUGACCACCAUGGACGCAGAGCUGGAGUUUGCCAUCCAGCCCAACACCACCGGCAAGCAGCUGUUUGACCAGGUGGUGAAAACUAUUGGCCUGAGGGAAGUUUGGUUUUUUGGUCUGCAGUACCAGGACACUAAGGGUUUCUCUACUUGGUUGAAACUCAAUAAGAAGGUGACUGCCCAGGAUGUGCGGAAGGAAAGCCCACUGCUUUUCAAGUUCCGGGCCAAGUUCUACCCUGAGGAUGUAUCCGAGGAAUUGAUCCAGGACAUCACACAGCGACUAUUCUUCCUGCAAGUGAAGGAGGGCAUUCUCAAUGAUGAUAUUUACUGCCCACCUGAGACUGCUGUGUUGCUGGCCUCCUAUGCUGUCCAGUCCAAGUAUGGUGACUUCAAUAAGGAAGUGCACAAGUCUGGCUACUUGGCCGGGGACAAGUUGCUGCCGCAGAGGGUCCUGGAGCAGCACAAACUUAACAAGGACCAGUGGGAGGAACGGAUCCAGGUGUGGCAUGAGGAGCACCGGGGCAUGCUCAGGGAGGAUGCUGUCCUGGAGUAUCUGAAGAUUGCCCAGGAUCUGGAAAUGUAUGGUGUGAACUACUUCAGCAUCAAGAACAAGAAAGGCUCAGAGCUGUGGCUGGGGGUGGAUGCCCUGGGUCUCAACAUCUAUGAGCAGAAUGACAGACUGACUCCUAAGAUAGGCUUCCCCUGGAGUGAAAUCAGGAACAUCUCUUUCAAUGACAAGAAAUUUGUCAUCAAGCCCAUUGACAAAAAAGCCCCGGACUUUGUCUUCUAUGCUCCCCGGCUGCGGAUUAACAAGCGGAUCUUGGCUCUGUGCAUGGGGAACCAUGAGCUAUACAUGCGCCGCCGCAAGCCUGACACCAUCGAGGUGCAGCAGAUGAAGGCACAGGCCCGGGAGGAGAAGCACCAGAAGCAGAUGGAGCGUGCCCUGCUGGAAAAUGAGAAGAAGAAACGUGAGAUGGCAGAAAAGGAGAAGGAGAAGAUUGAACGGGAGAAGGAGGAACUGAUGGAGAGGCUGAAGCAGAUCGAGGAACAGACUAAGAAGGCUCAACAAGAACUGGAAGAACAGACCCGCAGGGCUCUGGAACUUGAACAGGAGCGGAAGCGUGCCCAGAGCGAGGCUGAAAAACUGGCCAAAGAGCGUCAAGAAGCUGAAGAGGCCAAGGAGGCCCUGUUGCAGGCCUCCCGGGACCAGAAGAAGACCCAGGAACAACUGGCCUUGGAAAUGGCAGAGCUGACAGCUCGGAUCUCCCAGCUGGAGAUGGCCCGACAGAAGAAGGAGAGUGAGGCUGUGGAAUGGCAGCAGAAGGCUCAGAUGGUACAAGAAGACUUGGAGAAGACCCGUGCAGAGCUGAAGACUGCCAUGAGCACGCCUCAUGUGGCUGAGCCUGCAGAGAAUGAGCAGGAUGAACAGGAUGAGAAUGGGGCAGAGGCUAGCGCUGAACUGCGGGCUGAUGCCAUGGCCAAGGAUCGCAGUGAGGAGGAGCGUACCACUGAGGCAGAGAAGAAUGAACGUGUGCAGAAGCACCUGAAGGCCCUCACUUCAGAGCUGGCCAAUGCCCGUGAUGAGUCCAAGAAGACUGCUAAUGACAUGAUCCAUGCUGAGAACAUGCGACUGGGUCGAGACAAAUACAAGACCCUGCGCCAGAUCCGACAGGGCAAUACUAAGCAGCGUAUUGAUGAGUUUGAGUCCAUGUAAUGGGCACCCAGCCUCUAGGGACCCCUCCUCCCUUCUUCCUUGCACCCACACUCCUACAUUCUUGCCUAACUCACACUGUGCUGGAGCCACUAACUAGAGCAGCCCUGGAGUCAUACCAAGCAUUCAGUGCAGCCAUGGGACCAAACCUAGCCCCUCAGCCCUCACUCAUUUCCCUAGGCAGAGAGAUGGCUCACUAUGGUGAUGAUGGGACCCUCUUUUUCUUCUAUCCCAGGUGAUCUAGCUUGCUGGAAGAGAUCACUUUCUCAGCUCAGAGGCACUUCCCACUUGGGAAAUACCCCCACAUUUACUUUUGUUCUGCAGGAGCCAAGUGUAGAGUAUGUUGAAAACUGGCCCCACUACUGCCUUCCUCUUCAUGAUUCCGUGAUUUGCAGAAGUGGAACAUCACAGGGUUUAGAGAAGGAGGCAGGGCCAUGGCUAUGUGCUCUAGGGUGUCAACUACCCUAGGAUUAGGCCUCCCAAUGUCCACUCCUUCUAGAGUUACUUAGGCUUUGUAAUGAUAGGAGGCUAAAAAAGAUGUUUAGUCAUUCUUCUCUCUACCUCCCAGAUUGGGCCUGUUAUAAACUUGGUCCCAAUAAGCCUUGUCCCUGAGUUCAGGGACUCAGUUUCUCUUCAGGGUGAUAUGGGGGAGACAGUGCCUUCAAGAGGCUUCACCAACAUCCCAGAAGGCCAUUGGCGCUUCUGUUCAGACAAGAUUGGAUAGAGAAUCUGCUCCUAUGCCUUAUGGGAGCCUAGGCUUGUUUCAAGUGAUCUCUACAGGCAGAGGUAUCCCUUAAUAAGUAAGUAUUCUCUGUUCCUCUUCCCUUCUUGGCAUCUGCCCCUCCCCACUCCAAUCCCCAUAUCCCCUCUAGGUAGAACAGUAUGGAUGGUUACCCUGAAACCCAGCCUGCCCCAACCAGGACUCUUGCCAUAGGGAGGAAAUAUUCACAUGUGGCUUCAGUAAUUUACCUGCCAGGGGUCCCAGGCUGCUUCUCCCUUCAGACCUACUUGGGCCACAGCUCCUGCUUCAGGACCAUUAAGGCCUUGGUUUGGUGAGCCCUGGAUCUUGAUGUCAGUUGGCUGAAUUUGUGAGUGGGUGGAAGAAGCUGAGUAUGGAGAGAGAAGUUUGUGGCCUAGAUCCUACUGUUUACUUGAGCCCCCUCAGGUGCCUAAUAGCCCCUUCCUGUCACCCCUCUUCAGGGUAGUGAUUGGGUCCUGCCUCUGUUUAAGAAACCUCUAACCCAGGUCUUGCCACCAGCUGUGCUAUCCCUUGGAACUGUAAACCAGAGAGCUGUUAGGGGCUCUGGCCUGGUCCCUUUCACACCCCCACCUUUUUUCUCUCAACCCAGGAGCGACCUCCUCCUCCUCUCUGCCUCAUAUGUGCUCUUUUUCUUUCUACAAGUAUUAUAUAUUUUAGUGGCAUCUAACUCAAUAUUGAUUUCUGCCUUUCUUGAUAAUGCACCCUUAGAAGAUAUUAGUCUUGGGACAGGAUCAUUUUGGCCUCAUUCCCUUACCACCCCUGUACCUAGGAAGCAUAUACUAUAUUAUAAAAUAAUAUUUUGCCAGAAAAAUUAAUGUAAGAAGCUUUCAGUAUUAGUGAUAUCACUGUCACUAUAGGUCAUAGAAUCCUUUUUAAAGUACUUGGUAUUUGGUUUUAUUGUUCCUUUUUUUUUGCCUUCUCCUCAGAGUUCAUUCCCCCAGGGGCCCUGCUGUCCUUCCAUGCAGUGCCCCUAGCCCAGAGCCCAUGGCUUCGAUUCCUCCCUCCCCGUGUCUCCUGCUUGACCUUGGGGAGUCUUAUGUGCAUUGCUGUGAAUUAUAUUGACACUCUCUUGGUGAUAUGCCCUAUAUUGGCUAAAUUCAAACCUGGAAUUGUGGGGAGUCUAGCUGCCUUAAUGGUAGUACCCCACCCAGGGAAGCUGGGGAGAAAGGUUAGAUUUUAUAUUCAGGUUUUUUGUGUGUGUAUUUUUGGGGUUUUUAAAAUUUGUUUUUGGAGGGGUUUAUGCUUAACCCAUGUUCUAUUUCAGUGCCAAUAAAAAUUUAGGAAGACUUCA